AUGUCAAUAUUCCAAGUUUUUGUGAUCAAUCGAGCUGGCAGUUUGAUCUACGAUUGGGAUGUUAAGGAGGAUUCUGCCGGUGUCGAAAAGACAUUCAGUUAUCCGCUUGAUGUAGUUUUGGAUGUGAUCGAUCAAAAGGUGACUGUGGUGUUUGGUGAACGAGAUGGCAUAUUUCUGAGAUAUACAAUAUCGGCAAUCAAUGGUACUCCAGUACAAGGUAGCCAUAUGAUUGUGAAUGGUUGUGAAUGCAACAUUGUUGAAUAUCUUUCAGAGGAGAGCAACUUUCCAGUUAUAAUACGCUUUAUACCACCAACUAUAACAACGAAUGAGAAAAUUAUUUUGUCGAGUACAUUCCAUUCACUUUUCACUAUUGCUGCACAGCUGAGUCCUGUCCCGAAAAGUUCAGGUAUCGAAGUACUAACAACAAGUCAAUUUAAGUGA